GGAAGUUUAUUGCCACGGAACGGAAUAUCAACCAUCUUCUGGUAACAUCAAGUUACCAAGAUUAUUAACAUGUUGUACCUUUUGUUGCGUGAAACUCAAAACCAACCAUAACACUGAUUAGAUAUAUACUGAUAGUUAAACGGAACGUUAUUUUACUUACGUUGGUUUCGUAAUAUAGCAUUGUCAGAGCUUCUUCAGUUCAGUCGGAGUUAGCUGUGCAGCUAACUCUAAUGCUCGGCGGCUGGAAAUGUUUAAAGCAAAAGUUCUCUUUAUUGGUCCCAAUGAGAGUGGGAAAACGGUUCUUGCAAAUUUUCUCUCAGACACAGCAGAUGUUGGAGGUGAAUACAGACCGACACAAGGAGUAAGGAUACUGGAAUUUGAAUCACAAGCUGAAGGCAGUCACGACAAUGACAAAUGUGAUGUUGAACUUUGGGACUGUUCAGGAGAUUUUAAAUUGGAGGCAUGCUGGCCUGCAAUAAUAAAGGACUCCAGCGGUGUGGUGAUCAUUUUUAAUCCUAAUGUCCCAAGUCACCUAAAGGAAAUAGAGACGUGGUACUCGAUGUUCAUCUCCUCUCAGAGCUUGCAGGAAAGCCAGUGUUUACUCAUUGCUCACCACAAGCCCGGCAGCGCGGUGGAAGAUGGACGGCUCCCUUUAGCCUCACAUUUAGGCCGACUGCCGCUUAUCCACUCCAACCUGGAGGAGGAGCCAGAGGAUGUGAAGCAAGCUUUCUGCAAAUACUUAGGAAGUGUUGUGAAAACAAUGUCGGAGAGUCGAGAACGAGAGGAGAUGUCCAUCAUUACAUAGCAGCAAAAUCAUAAAAUAUGCAGCUUGAUUAAAUAUUUAGUUGAAUCUGCAAUCUUUGUUAAAGUGUAAGAUAUACAAACAAUUUAAAUUAUUUAAAUUUAAAUAAUAUAUCUUGGCUGUCAGGAAAUGGCAUGAAAUCGUCCACAACACCAUGUAAAUACUUUCCUACAGUUAGUUGAUUUUGUCCAUUCUGUUGACUUAUUUGUUGUGUUUUGUGAGUAAAUAAAUGUGUCAAUACAU